CCCCGCGUUCUGUCCGCCUGGCGGAGGAGGGCCCUGGCGGUGCGUUUGGCGUGGGGGUGGCCACCUUUCCUGGCCUCAUCCCGGGCGCCGAAGGCGGGAGGGAGCGGCGCCGGGUCCGCGGAUGGCAUGGCACGGGCUCCGGGCGCCGCGGGCCAAGCCUCCCCCGAGCAGCUGGCUCCGGAGCAGCCCCAGCAGGGCUUCCUCGCCCGCUUCCUCGCCGACGACCAGAAGUGCCAGCUCAUGCUCCUGAAGACGCUGCAGACCAAUCCAUAUGUCAAACUUCUACUUGAUGCCAUGAAACGCUCUGGUUGUGCCGUUAACAGAGAAAGACACUUCUCUUGUGAAGACUGUAAUGGGAAUGUCAGUGGAGGCUUUGAUGCGUCAGUGUCUCAGAUUGUUUUGUGCCAGAAUAAUAUCCGUAAUCAGGCCCAUAUGAACAGAGUGGUCACCCACGAGCUCAUUCAUACGUUUGAUCAUUGUCGUGCUCAUGUCGACUGGUUCACCAAUGUCAGACAUUUGGCCUGCUCAGAGACGUGUGUCAGAGACAGAGCCAUUCUUUCUAUCCUGGCUGUUAGGAAUGUCAGCAAAGAAGUAGCUGAAAAGGCUGUUGAUGAAGUUUUUGAAUCUUGUUUCAAUGACCAUGAACCUUUUGGAAGGAUCCCACAUAACAAGACAUAUGCAAAAUAUGCUCACAGAGACUUUCAAAACCGUCAUCGGUACUACUCAAAUAUAUGAAGGCAAUGACAUUUUAUAUUACAGAGCCUCAGUGAUCAUGAAGAAAAUAUGGUUCUCAGGUGCACAAAUGUAUAAAACAUAAAUGAUCAAUUAAAUACAGAUAAGACAGAAGAUGCUGAUCCUAGUAUAUUAUCAGAAAAUGUAACUCUGGUGAAAAAUGGAACUGCCUUAAACGUCAAGGCAAAAAUUAUAUCUGUAUAGCUAACCAUUUGGUGAAUAAGGCAAAUCAAUUACAUUUUUGUAUUUUCUACAUUGUACUUGUGUUUUUGAUUUUUGUGAUUUUAUUUUUAUUACAUACUAGAGGCCCAGUGCAUGGAUUCGUGCACCGGUGGGGUCCCUUGGCCUGGCUUGCGCCCUCUCGCAAUCCAGGAACCCUCGGGAGAUGUCAGAGAGCUGGUUUGGCCCGAUCCCCGCAGGCCAGGCAGAGGGGACCCCCCAGUGCACGUGCACUGGGCCUCUAGUAUGCAUAUAAGAUCUUUGGUUAAUCUCUUCCUGCCCUCCUCCCUCCCCCCUUCCCUUUGAGAUUCAUCAGUCUGUUCCAUGUUUCCAUGCCUGUGGUUUCCGCUCCUGUGUUGAGCGUCUGCCCCCUGGUGGUUAGUGCGUGUCAUAGCUACCAACUGGUCAGCCAGUCGGCCGGUCGCUUAGGCUUUUAUAUAUAUAGAUGAUUAUUUUAAUAUUUGAUUAAGAAAACUGUGAAGUGGUACCUUGUAUAAUGUUGAUAGGAGACCACUGUUGGUAUUUACAUUAAGUGUAAAGAAAAAUGUACUGAUUUUAUUUAUAGGACAUUUGUUGAGAUGUCAUGAUCAAAACAUUUAAUGAAUGAAAGUUGGAAAUAAUUCACUCAAUGAUCAAUGCCUACCCCACUCUCUGUUCUUCUUUCCACAUGUAUGUGGAGACUAUAUGGUUCAGUUUUCUGGGGACAGUUUUUUAAAAAUAUGUUUUUAUUGAUUCUUUUUUCUUUCUUUUUUUCUAUUUUAAGUGAGAGAAUAAGGGAGAGGAGUAGAGAGAUAGAAACAUUGAUGAGAGAGAAACAUUAAUCGGCUGCCUCCUGCAUGCACCCCACUGGGGAUUGAGCCUACAACCAGGAAUCGACUGGUGACCUCUUGGUUCAUGGGUUGUCGCUCAACUGCUGAGCCACACCAGCUGGGUGUUUUCUGGGGACAGUUUUGAUUAGAUUUUUUAAUUUUUUAAAGAAAAGUUUAUUGCCCUAGCCAGUUUUGCUCAGUGGAUAGAGCAUUGGCCUGUGGACUGAAGGGUCCUGGGUUCAAUUCUGGUCAAGGGCACAUGCGUGGGUUGUGGGCUCGAUCCCCAGUAGGGGAUGUGCAGGAGGCAGCCGAUCAAUGAUUCUCAUCAUUGAUGUUUCUAUCUCUCUCUCCCCCUUCCUUCCUCUCUGAAAUCAAUAAAAAUAUAUUUAAAAAAGAGAAUAGUUAAUUGAUUUUUAGAGAGAGAGGAAGGGAGAAGAGGGAAACAUCCAUGCGAGAGUGUAACAUCGAUCGGCUGCCUCCUGUGUGCCUCCCACUAGGGAUCGAGUCUGCAACCUGGGCAUGUGGCCUGACCAAGAAUCAAACCGGCAACUCUUCCAUGAAUGGGAUGAUGCCCCACCAAUUGAGUCACACUGCCAGGGCUUUCUUUAUUUUUAGUAAAGGCCAGUACAGUAAAUUCACAAUGCAAUUUAAAUUUUAUAUAUAUAUAUAUAUAUAUAUAUAUUUAAUCCUCACCCGAGGAUAUGUUUUUUAGAGAGAGAGAGGAAGGGGGAGAGAGAGAGAGAGAGAAACAUUGAUUAGUUGCCUCCUGUAUGAACCCCAACCGGGGAUCAACCCACAACCUAGGUAUGUGCCCUGGCUGGAAAUUGAACCCACAACCUUUUUGGUAUAUGGAAUGAUGCUCCAAGCAACUGAGCCACUUGGCCAGGGCUAAUUUUUAUAUAUUUAUAAGAUUUUUCACAUAAUCAUUCUUAAAUAUUUUGUUUAAGUCCUGAUAUGAGUUUUGAAUUCAGAAAACAUGGUCCUUUUAUCUGUCCCUCUUUUUUUCUUUUUUAAUCUGACCCUCUUAACUGGUAACUGCAUCUUCUAGCUGUCUUAGCAAACAUCUCUUGGCCUAUGUCCAUACUGAAAGACACUGUGUGUAUAGGUGGUUAAUUAAGGGUUCAAACAUAAUGAAGUUAGCAGGAUUCUUUCUUUUGAGCUAAAAUUUGAUUACAUAUAAAUUGUAAAGUGAUAACUCAAGCUUAAUAACUUAUUAAACAUUAAAAUAUGAUUUGAAGAUUCUUGGGAAGAUGGUGGAAUAGCAAGCAACAAAUCUGUCUCCCCACCUAGAUAAAAUUAUACUGACAGAAUCUAUUUAAUGUAAAUAUUUUGGACUUCUAGAGUCUAUUGAAAGCUUGUAACUUCCAGGGGGAGGGUUGGGAGGUAAAUUGAAGCUAAUUUUGGCCAUUUUCAGCUGUUAGCACAGUACUAGUUACUCAUCUGUCACUAGUGUGCCUUGUUGCAGGCAGCUAUGCAUGUUUUCCCAAAACAGCUUGUAUACAGAUUGUGGGAACCAGACAGGAGGGGUGGGGGCAAAAAGCCCCCUGUCCUCCAUAUAUUUGGGAUCUGCUCUGAUUGCUCAUUGCUGCUUCUUUUCACAGAGGUUCAGACAGAGAGAUGGUGGCAUUGUUACACUUCCUCCCAUUUUUACAAACUGCUUCUCAUCUGUCUGAAAUGACCUACAGUGUACUAUUUAAAGGGCUGAUGCCCUUUUUUCCCCCAAUUAAUUUUUCUCUUUUCCCCCUUUUGGGAACCAUACAUUAAAGACUAGAAAAUUAAAAACAAUGGCAUAUACAAGGGAAAUUAGAAAGUCACUAUGCAUGCCUAGGGAAUGGUACAGGCUCAGAAAAGACCCAAGAAGACCUUAAGUUUAUACUUUUAGGCAGACCCUUGGUAUAGGGACAACAGCAACAGCAAAAAUCUCCAAAAAAACAAAAACAACAACAAA